GGCAGGUGCGGCCGCGGCCGCGGCGGCCGGUGGGCGGCAGUGACUGCGACGUACCGAGCGGUGGAGGAGCGACAACAGCGGCGCGCGCAACCAGUGGUGCGGACUGCACGAAGCGCCGGCAGCGGCGACCGCACUGCCGCCGUUGGUGACGACAGGAGACCACCUGCAGGCGGUGACGGGGGAGGAGGACCGCGGAGGCAGGUCGGCCGGGAUGGCGGCCAGCGCGCUCAUGGCGCGCCUCACCCGGCGCUGGAGGAAGCGCAGCGUCGACAUCACCGAGGAGGACCCCACGUUCAAGACGGUCUACCUCGGCAACACCGUCACGCAGUGGGCUAAGGGCAGCGGCAGCGUCGACAAGCCGCUGGCCACGCUCUGGAGGAACUACUGCCAGUCGACCAAGCCCGACAUCGAGAUGCGCGUGACGAUCGCCGUCUCUGGCCUGAAGGCGACCACGCGCGAGCACGGCCUGACCGAGUACUGGAGCCACCGCAUCACCAACGCCUACGCCCACCCCAGCUACCCCAAGAUGUUCUGCUGGGUGUACCGACACGAGGGGCGCAAGAUGAAGCCGGAGCUACGCUGCCACGCCGUGCUGUGCUCGUCCGAGGCCAAGGCGCGCCUCAUGGAGCGCCACCUGACCGAGCGGCUGCACCAGGCGCUCGUCGAGUUCCGCAAGGAAAAGCAGCUGCGCCAGAACGCGCGCCUCUCCGUGGUCAGCGUGCUGUACCCGAGCACGCCGCGGCGCAAGGUGGUGCUCACGAGCGGAGGCGUCAACUACCGGCCGCCGCUCGAGCGCAGCAAGAGCGCGCCCAAGCUGAGCAGCAUCGAGGAGGACCGUGAGGGCGAGGAGAUCGCCGCUCGCGACGACGCGCGCCGCCUGGCGGCGGCCGAGCCGAUCGUGCCGCCGCCGGUGGUGAGCUGCGACCCGCACGCGGGCGCCGCCUCCGCCUCCAGCGACGACUCCGAGAGCGACUCGGACACGGCCAGCGAGCGCAGCGCGACGAGCGUACCCAGCGAUCCGACGGCCGACAGCGACUGCGAGACGACGCUGCUGGAGACGGUGCGCCGGCGCGUGGCUGAGCUCGAGCUGGGGCAGGCCUGGUCGCAGCCGCCAGACGACAGCGACGACAGCGCCAGCGACGAAAGCGGCUACGCCGAAGAGGUCGGUCGCGUCGCCUGA